UCAUAUAGUAGCCUAAACUUGUCUUAUAAAUACUAUUCUUGUUUUUGUUGAUCUUUCUUUAUACAUAAUUUGGUGAUUUUACAUGUAGAUCAAAAGAUAAAUGAAGUUAUUAAUAAAUAGAAUAGCAGUUUUAGUGCAUCCUUCAGCACCAAAUAGGAACAUAGGUGAUUUUACAUCGAGGAAAUUUGUUGUAAAUAAUAUGAAGAUGAAUCAAAUACUUCAUAUGGAAGGUGGAGAAGGCGAUUUUAGCUACACUAACAACUCUCUAGUUCAAAAAAGAAUAUUAAUAAAGAGCAAAGACAUGAUAGAAGAAAGUGUGAAGCAAGUAUGCAAGACAAUGCAAGAAGUGCCAGAAUGUUUGACAAUAGCAGACUUGGGCUGCUCAGCCGGGCCUAAUGCGCUUGAAGCAAUUUGGGAAAUUAUUAAUAUCAGCACUCAUUUUUACCAAAAUAAAAAGGUUAAAUUACCAGAAUAUAACAUUUUCUUAAAUGAUCUUAUCGGUAAUGAUUUUAACACCCUUUUUAAAUUAUUGCCUAAAUUCUACAAAAAGCUCAAAAAAGCUAAUUUUGGAAAUUGCUUUGUGUCUGCUACACCUGGUUCUUUUUAUGGAAGGUUGUUUCCUACCAAUUCCCUUCAUCUUGUUCAUGCUUCUUCUAGUCUUCAUUUUCUAUCUAAGGCACCGGAAGGGCUAGUGAGCAAAAGUGGAAAAGGAGCGAACAAGGGAGCCAUAUGCAUAACUAAUAAUUGCCCACCAAAUGUGCACAAAGCAUAUUAUCAACAAUUUGCUGAUGAUUUUACAUUGUUUCUGGACUCACGUUCAGAAGAAAUAGUAGCCAAUGGACAGAUGGUGUCCCAAGAAAAGAAGAUGCACCUUGUUGAUAUGAAUAGUCUAUCAAUCCUUUUUCAAGCUAAAUCUGGGGUAUUACAGAUGGUUUUAACUUUCAGGUGUAGUACACGAAGUCAUCAACCUGAUUUUUUAUGGGAUUUUCAUCUACUUGGAACUGCACUUCUUUAUUUGGUCCACCAGGGAAAAAUAGAAGAAGAGAAGUUGGAUAAGUACAAUGUGCCAUUUUAUACAGCAUCCAUCGAAGAAGUAGAAAGAUUGAUAGAGAAACAAGGAUGUUUUGUAAUUAACAAAGUUGAAACAUUCAAAGUAGACUGGGGUUUGAGAGAUGCAGACAUGAAGAUGACAGUGGAUGAAACAGCUAAGCAUGUUUCUCAUGGGUAUAGGGCUGUUACUGGUCCUUGGUUGGCCAACCAUUUUGGUACAGCCCUUAUGGAUGACUUAUUUAAUCACUUUGAAGCUUUGACCAAACAGUAUUUACAAGUUGGGAAAUUAGAAAUAUUGAAUUUUAUUAUGAUAUGA